CGGAGUUCUCAGUAGCGACACCGGUGAACGCGUUCUCGGAUUGGCACUUGCACAGUGAGGCCCAUGUGGACCUUCAAUGAGCGGGCCACAAACUUCUGCACUUUAGCGGGUUUUCAUUAGAUAAUUGUUCCCGGUAAUUGUCUGCUUGUGACCUUUUCCCAACAUGCUGCUAGAAGCGACGGACGGUGACGAGACGGUGGUGUUUAAGGCGGCCGCCGCAUCGAUUCAGGUUCUGGUGGAGCCGGUGGGGCGGUGGUUCGAGGCGUACAUCAGGAGGAGAAACAGGAACCUUUCAGCCUCUUUCCAGGAGCUGGAGGAGGAGGAGUCAUCCUCGGAGGAGGAGGAUGAUGAGGAGUUUCAGCUUCAGGAGCAUCCCAUGCUCCGAACACUUGAUCCUAAAGAUUGGAAGAAUCAGGAUCACUACGCCGUCCUCGGACUCCCACACUUGAGGUACAAAGCAACACAGAGACAAAUCAAAGCUGCCCACAAAGCCAUUGUGCUGAAGCACCAUCCUGACAAAAGGAAAGCUGCUGGAGAACAAAUUGUUGAAGGGGACAAUGACUACUUCACCUGUAUAACUAAAGCUAUUGAAAUCCUGUCUGAUCCCGUUAAAAGAAGAGCCUUUGACAGCGUCGAUCCCACCUUUGACAAUGCCGUGCCUUCCAAGAGUGAAGGCAAAGAGAACUUUUUUGAGGUAUUUUCUCCCGUAUUCGAAAGAAACGCCAGAUGGUCAUCCAAAAAGCUCGUCCCCUAUCUCGGAACGGCUGAGUCUUCUUUUGAAGAAGUGGACAGUUUCUACUCGUUUUGGUACAACUUUGACUCGUGGAGGGAGUUCUCUUACUUGGACGAAGAGGAAAAGGAAAAGGCUGAAUGUCGAGAUGAAAGGAGGUGGAUCGAAAAGCAGAACCGAGCCUCCAGAGCUCAGAGGAAGAAGGAGGAGAUGAACAGAAUACGCACGCUAGUUGAUUCGGCCUAUGGCUGUGACCCUAGAAUAAAGAAAUUCAAGGAAGAAGAAAAAGCCAGGAAAGAGUCUGAGAAGAAAGCAAAAGUUGAAGCCAAGAAGAAGGAGCAGGAGGAGAAGGAGAGGGCACGGCAGGCAGAGCUGGAGACGGCGCGUUUAGCAAAACAGAAGGAGGAGGAGGAGGCCAGGCAGGCAGCACAGCUGGCAAAGAAGGAGAAGGAGGUCCAGAAGAAAGCCAUCAAGAAGGAGAGGCAGAAACUCAGAACCACCUGCAAGAACUGGAAUUACUUUGCUGACAAUGAAGCGGAGAGCGUGAAGAUGAUGGAGGAGGUGGAGAAGCUCUGUGACCGUCUGGAGCUGACCAGUUUGCAGUCCUUGAAUGAAAUCCUGACCUCAGGCUCAAAAGAAGAGAGCAAAGCUGCAGUUGAGAAGCAGGUGCAGGAGGUGAACGCCCUGCUGCAGAAGGAGAAGGAAGCCGAGGUCCAGGCCAGGCAGGCAGCUCGCAACGCGGAGCAUGCCAGCGGAGGAGGAGGAGGGGGGAAGGGAUGGAACGAGGAUGACCUCCAGCUGCUCAUCAAAGCUGUUAACCUGUUCCCUGCUGGAACCAACGCCAGAUGGGAAGUUAUUGCCAAUUACAUGAACUUGCACUCCACCAGCGGCCUGAAGAGAACGGCCAAAGAUGUCAUCAACAAAGCCAAGAAUCUUCAGAAACUUGAUCCACUACAGAAAGACGAGAUAAACAAAAAAGCCUUUGAGAAGUUCAAAAAGGAGCACACGUCCGUGCCGCCCUCCAUAGACAAUGCUCUGCCCUCAGAGAGGUUCGACGCUUCUAGUGGGGAAGGUAACGCCAACCCCUGGACCACAGAGGAACAGAAGCUUCUGGAACAGGCCCUGAAGACCUACCCGGUCAGCACACCAGAGCGGUGGGAGAAGAUAGCUGCUGCAGUCCCCGGACGAACCAAGAAAGACUGUAUGAAGAGAUACAAGGAACUGGUGGAGAUGGUCAAAGCCAAGAAAGCUGUUCAGGAACAAGUGGCAGCCAAGAAUAAAAAAUGACAAGAGCCACAAACAACGAUAGAAUCUGUCUUAUUUUAAUGUUAUUGUGUUAUUCUUUAUUUUAUAAUAAAAAAGACUAAAGACAAGA